AUGGGGGUUCAUAUUCCAAAGCUUUCGGCUGCCACGACGGAGCUCCUUGCGCGGAUCGCCGGUAAUAUCAAAGGAACACAGCAAAAAGGGCUGCGGAGAGAUGAUCCAACAACUGUCACCUUGAGCCCCUCGCCUUUGAGCUCGAACAGCGACAUUCAGAAUACGGCCUCUCGGCGUGCAGGCAAGAUGAAGGUUUCUUCAACUAUCAUCGAGCUUCCAACGUUUCCUUUCGUAUACCCUACUAGGGUGGAGACUCCCGUUGUUCCUCCUAGGCCUGCUUGUAUGCCUUUACCAGCCUCUAACGACAUUAAUGGGACGACAUCAAAGUCUGACAGCUUAGUCAAUAUCGCUCCUAAGCCAACAGAACCACGUACAACGUCAACGUCAGCAACAGCUGUCCCGCGAGUGCCAGUCCAGACCCAGCUACCUUUAGACCAGCCACCAGCUUCCAACGAUGUUUGUGAAAUCUCAGCAAGGCCUCAUAACUUGGCGAAUAUUGCGCCCAAGCCAGCAGCGCCGCAUACAUCGUCAAUACCAGCAUUAGUGGUCCCACAUGAGCAAGUCCAUACACGACCACCAUCAGAACAUCAGUCACCGUCGUCUAGCCGCAUCAAUGGGACUUUAGCGAACCAAGGCUCGGUCAAUAUUGCUCCUAAGCCAGCAGUAUUAUAUCCAAGACUGACGACACUGCCGGGUGGCCUAUCAGGCCAAACACAGUUAUCGUCAGAUCCACCACCAUCUGAGAGCAUCCGUGGGCCUUUAACGGAACCUAAAGACUUGGUCAAUGCUGCUCCUGAGCCACUUGUAACAAAUCUGGCACCAAUUUCAAUAGCCGUUUCUGGAGCAACUGCCGGGGUACAAAGACCGCCAGAACACCAGCUAUCUCCGCCUCCACCAAUAGCACGAGCACCCACAAUUCUAAAGGUUCCUAAUCUAUUCUUAUUAAAGUCCUCGACGGCAGUACCAGUCAAGACCACAUCUACAGUCCGGCAACGGCGUGACUCAUCAAAUAGAAAGAGUGGUCCGAAGAAGCGCAAACGUGGUAAUGACAGUGAUAGCGAAGAUAUCAUCCGAGCCGUUGACUCUAGCUCAGACGAGUCGGAUGUCACACCGACUGCGACGCAGACAACGUCCGGUCGACAAGUGAAAAGGCCGUCAUUAUAUGUGCCUCCACCUCUUAUCCCAAGUCUUCCCAGGGAGGGCAGUAGCCUUGCAGGGACCUCUGACAGACCCCAAACAUCCAGAUCGCGCAAGCCUGUCCCUCGAAAACUGAAAAGCACAAAUAUUCGAUGUUGUGUUUGCGACCGCAGUCAUAGUCCAACGAGCAAUACUAUCGUGUUCUGCGAUAGAUGCAACCGCGCAUGGCAUCAGCAUUGCCAUGACCCGCCCAUUCAGAGCGAAGUAGUUGCAAUCAGAGAGAAGGAAUGGCUCUGUCGGGAAUGCAAGCCCGCAAAUAUUACCAUACUCCAUCCGACAGUCGUUAGGAGCAAUCCAAGUCUUAUCUCCAAGCCUCCAGCUCACCCUCCUUUGACAAUACCUAAGACUGAAGUAGGAGGAGAGCGCUUUUCUACAGAUUGCCGCCGGCGGUUCUUGUCAACUCUAUCGCAUGCCGCGCUCGUUGAGCUUCUUCUCACCAUAUCGAACAACCAUCCGACAGUGCCUAUGUUUCCUGAGAAUAUGGAAUCGUUGCCAUCUUCCAAUUUUGCAGCGUCGCAGGCCAUUGUAACUGGAGCCGCAGCUACCUCUACUUCAUUACCUACUAAUGAGAAUAAUGUCGCGUCCGUUGUUUUGGCAGACAAUAUCGAUGAACAGACUCCUGAGUUUGCUUCGGGGCGUACUAGUGGGAGAAAUUAUCGCGAGUCUUCCGAUGAAGAAUCCGAGUAUGAGUUCCAGGACCAUCGUGUAUACCCACGAGCUGGGAACGGGCUUCGUCUUUCGACAAAUGAGCAAGAUCUCGAUAUCUUACAAGAAGACCCGACGUGUAGUACAUUUAGCUAUGCACUGCACGCACCUGCAUCUGGUGCCGUUGGGCAUGUUUCUGCUUAG